AUGCCAGUUGAAAAAGAUUUGAAAGAAGCUUAUUCUCUAUUGUACGAUAAAAUUGAAGUGGAAAAGGCAUUGGAAUUGUACGACAAAGUCCUCAAGCAGGAUCCAAAUAGUUUGAAUGCGAAUGUGUACAAAUCAGUAUGUCUUGAAAAAUUAUACUUUAGAUCAAGUUCAUGGCAUAACGAAGAAACCUUACAAGCUUCUUACGAUUUCUUAAAGAAGGCAUUAGACAUUGCAGAAAGAAGAGGAGACAGAUCAAAAAUAGGGUUUGUGUAUUUUAGGUUUUGCAUACACUACUAUAAUUGUAAGAAAUACUGUCUAGCUCAAGAAUUCAUGCAGAAAUGUGAAUCAUAUGGAUUCAAAGAUGACACUUUACCAAUGUGGAAACAUAACAUUGAUACUGCAAUCAGGAAGCAUGUCAAGAAGGAUGUGAUGGAUGAGAGGGCGAAGGCUGUGAGGUCUCCUGAGACAGACAAAGCUUCUUCAGACAUGUCUCCUUCGGAGGCACAAAAGGACCUACCAACACUUUCUCAGGAGGAUAAAUUAAAAAUGGAUUGGUAUCAAAGCUCUAGCACUGUUACACUCUCGUUGUUCACCAAAAAUCUACCUAACUCAAAAAGUGAUGUUAAUGUCAGCAUCAAAGGCUCUCAUCUAAGCAUUUCAUAUCCUAUACCAGAUAAGGGAUCAGAAUUUCAAUAUUCUAUCAUGUUGAGUCACAACGUUGACCCGACUGCUAUUCAAGUUUCUGUAUUCACUAAGAAGCUAGAAGUUACACUAGGCAAAGCUGAACAGUAUCAAUGGAAGAGUCUAGAAAGGACCGAUGGGGACGUAACUCCGCUGAUUACGAAAAACAUCAUCAAUUCAGACUCUUCUGCCAAAGAACUUUCAUAUCCUUCAUCAUCUAAAAAGGCCAUUGAUUGGUCCAAGAUAGAUAUUGACAGCGAUGAACAAGAUUCAAAGAAUCAAUCCGCAGACGCCUUUUUCCAACAGAUAUACAAGGGAGCUGAUGAAGAUACGAGACGAGCUAUGAUGAAAUCAUUUAUUGAAAGCAAUGGAACCUCAUUGAGUACAAAUUGGGAAGAAGUGUCAAAGGGAAAAGUUGAGCCAGCAUUGCCCGAAGGUGUUGAAAUGAAGAAAUUAUAG